CUGAAGCGAGCGACAACUCAUCGAGUUCUAGGAGAAUCUCAAGAAUUAUUCGAAUCCAACUAACAAAUACGAGUGGCAACAUGGCAGCAUCACUCAGGAUCACCUUCAUCACCAUCAUCAUCAUUGUGGCCAUUCUGGCUGGCCAAGCGCUGGGCGCAUCUCUACCCCUCCCUGAAAGUCCGGAACCAGGACAAGGACGUGCCCAGAGGAUCGCCCAGUGCCGGGAGCUGUGCUAUCGCCAGUCCCUGCCAGUGAUUACGCCACCCUUUCUCUGCCGCUCUCGGCCGGAGUGCUACAUGUGCCACGACUAUUGCCGCGUCCUGGUCGUGGUCCAGCAGAGUCUGGCCACCUCGAUGUGCGCGGAUCGGGAGUUCUGCACUCGGGGCUGCCGGGUUGCCUGCUCCUACCAUAGCCUCAGGAUAUUCCAAAAGGAAGCACCAGCAGAAGCAGCAACGGCCAGCGGGAAUGCGGUGGUCAAGAAGUGAGGGGGAAAAGCAGCUCUACAGGAAUACCUUGGAGUAACACAGCUGGAAAACUAACCGGAACACUUUCCGGAUCAUUAUCCGGCUCACUUGUAUAUAGUCUACG